GGCUGUCACUCAUACAUUGCCAACUUUAAUCUCCACAAUUUCAUUUGCUCCUUUGAGCAUGUGUUUUCGUGUGUAAUUGUAUAUUCGUGUGGAGAAUCAGAUCAGCGCUGUGUCGUGUGACAGUCCACAGCUGGAGUGGAAGAGCUGAGAAGCGGUCAGAGGUUGAACAUGUUUGUCUUUCUCGGGAAAACAUGAGCCUUCCAUGCAGAGAUGUGGACAGUUUUCAUUUUUCUGAUUCUUCAGGCUCUGUACUGUACAGUCUCUUCAUCUCCUCCCAGCCCCAUCAAUGCCACCUUCUCUUCGGUGAAUCUGAGGAACUUGCUGCAAUGGUUCCCAGGAAAUGGCACACCAGAUGACACACUCUUCACUGUGCAGUAUGCCAUCUAUGGGGACAGUGUUGAAGGCAGCAGAGGAAGACGAGUGCACUGGAGGGCUGUGCGACACUGUACAGAAAUAGUGCGGCACUGGUGUGAUCUGACCAGUGAGAUGUGGGAUCAGGAGCAGGGGUACCAUGCUAGGGUUCGUGCUGUGGGGAGAAGAAUAUUGUCCAAAUGGGUUACAACACGGAGAUUUGAUCCAAAGUCAGACACUAGUUUUGGGCCCCCGCUCUUCUCUGUGGAAAUUGAGGAGAACAGCGCCAUCAUAACUCUGAAGGGACCAAUGAGAUAUCUGCCCAACAACCAAACCCCAGAGGUUUCCAUGGCAACACUCUACCCCCAUAUGAGCUACAACCUCUCCAUCCACAAUACACGUCGUCACCAAAUGAACCAUUUCUCAGUGUUCUCCAGUCUGUACAAACAUCGUUUCAUGGACUACGAUACAGAGUACUGCUUCUCUGCAAAGACGAGGUUCCUCUCCAUGCCUGUUCAGUGCCAAUCCUCAGCGUGGCACUGCAUAACCACACCUCAAGAUCCUAUGAUUGGCCAGCUGCAGAGGGUGGUUGUGGGUAUUAUUGUGUCAUCUGUGUGCCUGUGUAUGGUUUUGGUGGUUGGCUACGUUCUCUUUCAUUAUUUGACGGGGAAAGGACAGAAGAGCCCAUUUACCUUGGACCCACCUUCAUUUCAUUCCCCCCCUCUGACCUUCCCCCCUGAGAAUACCAACCUCAUCAUCAUCACGGUCAUCAAAGAUGAGCUACCAGCAUUCUUUGAUGGCGACUUAUCGAAGUCUUCGUACUUCAAUAAGGGGCAGUUACGUAAUGUAGGUCCUCCACCAAUGUAUGCCCCCCAGAGGUCUGAAACACCCCCAGAGCCUGAGGAACUCUUGGAUGAUUUGUCUGUUGAAUACGGAGGUGUUGGCAUAGCUCCUAAGACCACUGAGGGAGGAGAAGGGGAAGGAGGAGACUGGAGGCAUGACGGGAAUAAUCUGAGAGGUGAAUGUCACAAAUGUGUGGCGAGAGACACUUAUGAGAAGAAACAGUGUAAGAUUGAGGAUGAUCGUCCUGCUGGAGUUUACGCUUCUCAGACAAAGUCCCCGCAGAUAAAUCCCAAGACCCAAACUCAGGCAUUGUUACGGCCUUUUCAUGGAGCAAGCAAGGAAGAGGUGGACAGAGAGGGGGAGGAUAGAGAGCAUUCAAGUUUACAUGCGAACAAAAACCCACAAACUGGCCUCUUCCAAAUCCCUUUUAACCUAUCAACAAAGUGGGAGGGAGGGAUGGAAGGAAGAACAGACAGGAAAAAAGAUGAAGGUGCAGGGGAAGGAAGUGGCAGUGAGAACGUACCCCUUCUAUGUGAUUGUACCUGUCAAAACAUCAAACCCACUCCUAGUUCCUACACCCACCAAUCACAUUUCUUGUCAGAUGACUAUGGCAUUUUGAGACAGGCUUCAGCACAGGAGGAGGAGGAGGGAACUAAUUGUAUUAACUGGGAUCCUGAAACUAGGAAACUAGUUUUGCCAGAGAUGGCGUUCAACAGGGAGGAAGGUUGGGAGAAAGAGAGAGGAAAAGAGGACUUGAUGGGAGGUGAGGAGGAGGAGAAGGAGGUGAAGGAGGUGAAGGCGAUGAAGGGUGAGUUGAGGUUGGAAAAUGUGUUUGUCAGACAAACAUCUGGGGAGGAGGAGGAGGCACAGAGAAGGGUGGAAACAGCAUGGGAGUCGAAUGAUAUUAUGACUAAAUGGAGUUUAGUGCUCUCAGACGAUCAGUAG